AUGACUGUUCAUAAUCGAACUAUAUUCGAUUUUCCAUUAACAUGGAAUCGAACUCAAUUUAUAGCAACACGUAAUAAAUGUCGAUUUGCUCGUAAACUUAUUGAAAUUAGUAUCAAUGUACAAUUUGAAAAGCAGUUGAGAAGUGGAUUUUCUCAUAAUAUUGAAAUUGAAGAAAAUCUAAAUGAUAUCAAUGAACGUCUAUUAAAAUAUCAUGAUAAAUUACGUGUACUUGAUAAUAUGAUUGAAUUAGCAUCACAAUCACUUCGAAUUUAUUUUGAUAAAAGAAUGGAAAGUGUACGUACUAUUGUUAAAGAACAUUGUAAUAUAAUUCAACAAAUCAUUCAUGAAGAAGCUGAACAUUGGAAAGAAAUUCAUUCUGUAAUGAAUCAAAAUUUACUUAAUCCUGGUGAUAUUCGUUCUCGUAAUAAUUACCCUCGAGUAGUACAAAAAAGUCCAGCAUCAAAUAUUGAAACAAUCGAAGAAGAAGAAGAUGAAGAACAUAUAUCAAAAUUAUUGAAUGGUAAAACAUUAACACCAUUACUUACACAAAUGAUUCGAAAAUCUCGAUUACAAUCAAAUCGUCUUACAAUAGUUCCAUCUAUAAAAGUUCAUAUUCCUAGUGAUCAAGAUAUUUCUGUACUAAGAAGAGAUGAACGAUUUAGUAUUCAUAUAUUACCACUUAGUACUGCUCGUCAACCUUUAGAAUUUGUAGAUACAACAUUUGUUGUUAAACCUGAAGAAACUAUGAUUAAUGGGGAAAUACAGAAUGAUGAAUAUUACGAUGAACCAAAUGGAACUUAUCAAGCUCCUCCUAAUCAACAGUAUCAUUCAUAUUUAACUGUAACACAACCUGAAACAUUAUUGAUAGAUUCUCAACGAAAUAUACCAGCACGACUUUGUUUUACACCAACAAUUCUUCAUGAUGCAACUGUUUCACCUGAAGAUGAUAUUAAUGAACAAUCAUCAUCAUCAUCAUCAUCAUCACUAAAUCAUGAGAAAAAUAAAAAAACAAUAAAUACAAUUUUUUCAUCACUCGACCAAAAUCGAACGAAUAUUCCAAAAACCAUAGAAGAUACUCAUCGUUUUGGUCAAACAUUUUUACUUGAUAUCAUUAAAACAGAACAAAUAAAUGAUGAUCAGAAUAAAUAUAAACGACCAACUAUUCCAGAUGAUGAUGUAUUAGUCGUUCCUGACACUAAUCUAUUAGUAAUAUCAUCACAACAUAUAUCUCAUACAACACAUGAUAAUCCUGCUCCUAAAUCAGAUCUUCCAAAUCAACACGAAUCGAUUACUGUUCAAGAAACAGUACCAGUAAAAUCUCGAAGACGUAUAACUACUAAAACUAAAUCCAAGCCGGCCAUUGCUAGUGCACGAAAGACUCGAAGUGUUGCAAAAUUUAUUGCUGAACGAGAAGCAGCAGCAGCAGCAAAAACAUCAUUAGAGAAACCAAUUGAAAAAAAACGAAAGACUCGAAAACAUAAACAAUCAAAAUCAAUUGAUCGUCAAGUAGAAACAUCCGAUGAUGAAAAUACAACUUCACAAUCAAAUUUUACACAAAUCAUUAUCAAGAAAAGAAAAACAAAAAUAAAUAAAAAAUCCAAAAUAGAUUAUCAUUCACAUGAAACAUCCGAUGAUGAUAAUGAUAAUUUAUCAACUGAUAAUAAACGAAAAACUCAAAGACGAAUUAAAUCAAAACGACAUGAUCAAGAAGAAAAAGAAAUAUUAAAUGAUAAUGAAAAUAAUAAAAGAAGAACUAAAAAAUAUAAAAAAUCCAAAAUAGAUUAUCAUACAUAUGAAACAUCCGAUGAUGAUAAUGAUAAUUUAUCAACUAAUAAUAAACGAAAAACACAAAGACGAAGUAAAUCAAAAAGAUAUAAUCAUGAAGAAGAAAUAUUAAAUGAUAAUGAAAAUAAUAAAAGAAAACCUAGAAAAUUCAAAGAACAAGAAACUACAGAUAAUGAACAUGAAAUAAUAACCCAUCCUAGUAAAAGUAAAAAAUCUAAACUAUCAACAAUUGAUAAUGAAGAAAAAAAACGAAAACAAAAAAUAAAAAAUACAAAAUUAGAUGAUGAAGAACAAAUAUCAAACCAUAAACGCACUCGAUCUUUUGCGAAAUUUAUUCCGAUUAAUACCAAUGUUAAUGCUAAUGAAUGUAAUACUUGUCAUAGAUCAGAAAAUAGUGAUCGGAUGAAAUUAGUGGAAUUUUCAAAUCAAAUAGCUGCUCUUACGAUUGAAGAAACUAAACUUAAAAGUCUUCAUCGACGUUUAGAAAUGCGUAUAAAACGGUUUUUACAUCGUACACAUAAUUCAAUUCUUAUACAAGAGAAACUACUCAAUAUAGAAAAACGUUCAAAAAAAGAAUUACUUAUACGUAAGAAUUUGAUAACUUAUGAAAAACCAAUAAAAGAAUAUAAAAAAUUAUGGAAUAAUGUAAAACAGAUUGAAGAAGAUAAUAUAAAUCUUGAAAAAAAUAUUCAUUCUCUUUGUAAUAAGAUAAAACAAUUUGAAAAAGAUUCAGAACAAAAUAGAAAAAUAUAUAAUAAUCAAUAUGAUAUAGAACAAAAUAAUAAUAAAACAAAAUUAAUACAAGCCGAAAAUCAAUUACAUCGUAUGAACCUUGAAUUAAGCAAAAUUUGUGCAAAUAAUGCGGAAUUACGUACUGAUAUUAAACAUAUGUUAGAUAAACGUCGUGAAAUGAUUGAAGAAUAUAAUCGACUUCGUAUUGCUAUGCAAAAUGCAACUGAUGAAUCACGUCAAUUGACAUCUGAAUGUUCAGAAAGUUUUGCAAAUCGACGAAAUAUAGUUGCACGUAUGCGAGCUAUACGUGAUCAACAUGAACGUGAUGAAAAGAAACUAUUAGAUGAUAUUCGUGAACUUGAUCGACUAUCAGAAAGUAAUUAUGCAUCGAAAAAUUUUAUUUUAAAAAAAUCCAAUAUACGACAAGAACAAAUUCGAUUGAAUGAACUUUUUGCUGGCAAACGUUCGAAAGGAGUAAAAAGUGCAUAUACAGCCGAUGAAUUUCGUCGUUUAUUUCGUAUUGGUUUUGAUCAAGAUUUUUUUAAAGAAAAAGUACUUAAUCGAACUGUUGAAACAUUUCUCGAUGAACAAGAACAAGUGUUUACACUUUUUGAAUAUACUGUAGAAUUAAUUAACGAACUUGAUUAUCUUCAUGAAGAUCUUGAUAAUAAACGAAAAUAUAUUUUAAAUAUUUUUUCAAAUGAUAAUAUUGAUUCAUUUGUUAUCAAAGAUAUAUUUUCAACACUUGAAUAUUCUGUAAAUAAAGCUAAUAUGAAUGUUCAAUCACUUAAAAUAGCUAAAAAAAAUCUUCGCCAAAUAUUAGAUACUGCUUAUCAAUUAAUUUAUAAUUUAUUUCUUGAACUUAAUUGUGAUCGAAAUAUUAUUUUAUCAUUGGAUGAAUUAAUUAAUGAUCGAAAUAUUAUUUUUUAUUUAGCUACGAUUGAAAGUCGUGUUCAACAAUUAUUAUUUACUAAAAAAAUUAAUCGAAAAGGUGGAGGAACUAAUGGUUAUACAGAUGAUACAACAAUAAGUUGGCGAAUAGAUCAUAGAAAUAUUGAUCAACCUUAUAAUUAA